AUGUCUGUGCGGAGGACAGUCAAGAAGGUGAAUUCAGAUUCAGAGGGUGAUGCUAAGAAGAAGAAAAGGGUAGUGCGGAAUCACGGUUCGGAGGAGGAUAGUGGUAAGCGUGAGAUGCAAAAAUCGGCAGAAGCAGAAAAACAAGAUGCAGAUUGGGGUGGGGGUAAGCGAGUGAGUGGGUCGGAGGAGAAGCAAGGAUGCAGGUUUUCGCUGUGGAACUUUUGGGUGUCGAGCACUGUGUUGAAGUUGUUGUUGAUGCCGGAUUAUUUCAGCACAGAUCUAGAGGUGCAUAGGAAUUGGUUGGCGUUGACGAAUAAGCUGCCCUUGCUGGACUGGUACAGGGAGGCGACAAGCCAGUGGACGCUUGAUUAUCCUCCCUUUUUCGCCUACUUCGAAUGGGUGCUGUCGCAGUUUGUUCCUGCUGUAGUAAGAGAUGAUGGCUGCUUGGAUAUCGUUAAGGAGGGCAAGUUUGGAUGGCCCACGGUGGUAUUUCUACGAUUGACGGUAAUUGGGACGGAGAUCUUACUGUUUGUUGUGUUGCAGGUGUUUAUCAACACCAGUGAUGAGUCCGAGCGGACUGUGAACUUCAUUAUAGCCAGCAGUAUUGCGCUAUCCCCGGGGUUUCUUAUUGUUGACCACAUGCACUUCCAAUACAAUGGAUUUCUGUUUGCAAUUCUUAUUGCUUCGAUAGUGGCUGCCAAAAAGGAGCGGUACUUGUUAUGCGGUGCUUUCUUUACUACUGUGCUUUGUUUUAAGCACAUCUUCUUGUAUUUGGCUCCAGCCUACUUCACUUUCUUGUUGCGGGCAUACGUCCUGAACUUCUCGAACUUUAGUUUCCGAACUUACAGAGAUCUUAUUUUUGUGGUUAGGUGGUUUAACUUAUUGAAGCUUGGUGUUAUCAUUGUGUCUAUACUUGCAGUUUGUUUUGUUCCUUUUAUUCCUGUGUUGCCUCAGCUGAUCUCUCGUCUAUUCCCAUUUUCCAGAGGACUGACCCAUGCUUAUUGGGCUCCAAACUUUUGGGCAGUUUAUGCAUUUAUGGAUAGGAUAUUGACUUUUAUAAUGCUGAAAAUGCCAUAUGUCCACAAAUGUGCGACUAAAAUCGUGUUGCCGCCUUUGAUUCCAAACUCAAUUGAAGAAAUAAAGAAUCGAAUUGGAGCUUCAAAUUAUGGUACACGGGGUCUUGUUCAAGACAUACUAUUUAUAAUUUUACCGCAGGUUCAACCAAGACUCACGUUUGCAUUGACACUCUUCUACCAAAUACUAGCUAUCAUUCCGGUGCUUUUCAACCCUUCCUUUAAGAGAUUCAUUGGAUGUUUGACGUUAUGCGGGUUUUCCUCAUUUCUAUUCGGCUGGCAUGUCCACGAGAAGGCAAUUAUGUUAGUUAUAGUGCCAUUUUCAUUUUUAGUUUCUAUGGACAGGAGGCUUUUAACGCCAUUCAUGCUAUUAACUGCAUCUGGAUAUGUGUCUUUAUUUCCAUUACUAUACCAAUCGAGCGAGUUCUUGAUUAAAGUUCUAUACACUUGGAUCUGGUGUAUAAUAUACUUCAGUGCUCUAAAAAAGACAGUAAAAGUGUCCACCAGUAUUCAAAGACGUGUAUUUUUUUUUGAUAGAUUAGCUGUAUGCUAUUGUCUUUUGUUGGUGCCUAUGGUUUUGGCUGUUGAGUCGCUAGGUGUGAUGAAGUUCAAGUAUGUGAUAUUACAGAAGUACGAAUUUCUGGGAUUGAUGUGUUACAGCAUUUUCUGCUCUAUUGGUGUAAUUAGUUCGUGGAUUGGGUUAUCAUGGUUAUUCAAUUUUGACGAACCGCUGUGGGUUUGA